AUGAAGAGUUGUUGUCAUCAGACCGGGCACUUGGCCCGCGACUGUGACGACAUCAGUCUAACCAAGGCCCUCAUUGCAUGGCACGUAGCGUUGUUAAGCCUCACUGUCGACGAACACUUGACUUUGGUCUUGAAGAAUCGCAUCGAUUAUCUAGAAGGAAUGUUAGAACCAGUUAUUACUCUACUCACAAGGAACGGGCCGCUUGUAGGCCUAUCUCAUACUACAUGCCCUGAGGAAUAUGAUCUGGCCAUCAUCCCCUCCGGACCUCGCUCAAAUAUACCGUACAGUACUUUGCAAGCCCGUAGUAGAGCGGAGGCCAUACCAAACCAGCGAGCGUAUGGUAAACCCUCAAUCUGGCAUUUCGCUACGCUCAUGUGUCCCAUUCACUUACCCCGUGGCUCUCGCGUUUUUGCUGUAAUACGUGAUACUUCUUCCCUCCCCGCCUCCGCAAUAUGGAAUUGCCGGGUUGGUGCCCUGAUGGCUGGUACCAGAGCAAUUGGCUUCCAAUUUAUCAGGGAGAGAGAAGCCGCCACCGCCGCCCAUAGGCCCCCGGCCCCCGCCACGGCGGGUGGCGAGAGGAAGAAGAAGAAGGCUGAGAAGGAGAAGGAGAAAGAGAAGAAGGAGAAGAAAGAAGAGAAGAAGGAAGACAAGAAAGACCCCAAGGGGCCACAGGAGGCCAAUCCUGUCUAG